CCCUAGAGAAGCAGACGAAGAAGAAGAAGAAGAACAAUGGCGAGUACUCUCUUCAUCGCUCUUCAAUGUUUCGAGUGUUCAACUAUGCAGGUGAAGCAGAAGAAGAAAAGUAGCAACAAGUGGGUUUGUGUGAUUUGUAAUCAGAAGCAAUCAGUGAAAAAAGUGUUUGCUCAGGGUUAUAAGGCUAAGGAUCUCCGUCGCUUUGUUCAAUCGUUUAAUAUGUCUCGCAAAGCUAGCGAUGAUAAGGCACUAAGCUUUGUAGAUUCGUGCUCGGAGGUUGAUGUUAGAGAAGAAGUUGACGAGGAGGAGGUUUCAGAUGCUUGUGGAAAGAAGCGAUCUGAUUGGAGUGAGUAUCUCGAUUUCGAUUUGCCAAAUGAUGACCGGAGAUUAAGUGGAGUAGAAGACGAUGUGAAGAUUGUGACCGAGAUGCCGACCAAUAUGUUCAAAAGGCCAAAGCUGAACAAAUAUUCUACUCCUGGUGCACCUUCAUCUGAGACAGGAGAUGGUGAUGGGAUUUUUAAACCUGCCUUCUCUAUCCGCAACAUCGAAAAGCCAGACUUUUGUUCCGAUGCAGUGGUGAUGAGGAAGGAGAACAUAGAACAGAGAAGUCUAGAGUCAGAGUUAGAAAGAGUUACUAAGCCUGCUUCAAAAUGGGACGCCUACUUGAUCAAUGACAAAAUAGAACACCAGGCACCACCACGAUUUGGUGGAAAAAAAGCCUUGAAGGAUGUUGACGUAGAAGAUUGGGACAGUGCAAUAACGGAGAUGAGUUCGGAACACCAGAUAGUAGACGAGGAAGUACAUCCAGAUUUCAUGUAAUUAAUGAAGUAUUAUGUUUAACCAAAGCAAGUUAUUAGAUGAAAUGCAAAAUGUAAAAAAGGUUUUGAAGCAAUUUAGAGUUGCAAAAGAGUUAAACUCA